AUGUUCAAGAACAUGUGCAUGUCCUCCCCGUCGUGCUCGUCGACCGCAGGCUCAGAUUCAUCCUGGUCGACAACAAUGAAGAUGUUGUCGACCAGGAUGAAUAGGAGAUUCCCGCGUCGGCAUCUGGAACUAUUAUGUGUGGUCAUCAACAUGAUGAUCUUCACGGGGGUGGCUCUCGCACGACUGGAGGAAGACGACC